CGUCACGGCGGGCGGCUUUUUGUUUUUUUCUCAGUGAAGAUGGCGUCCGUAACAACAGCCACGUCAGAGUGGAUCCAGUUUUUCAAAGAUGCAGGAAUCCCCCCUGGCCUGGCUGUCAACUAUGCCGUCUCCUUUGUAGACAACAGAAUUCAGAAGAACAUGUUGAUGGAUCUCAGUAAGGAGAUAAUGAUGGAUCUGGGCAUCACGGUCAUCGGAGACAUCAUAGCCAUUCUCAAACAUGCCAAGCAAGUCUACAGACAGGACAUGUGUAAAAUGGCCACUGAAGCCAUUACCUCCGGCCAGACCAGUGUCCAGGCUGAGCUGAGGCGCACCGCCAAUACUCCUGCUACACGCAUGAUCGCCAACGCCUUGAGUCGGGACUCCCCGCCAAGUACGCCGGCCCGGCGCCCUGACAACCGCCUCUCUGUGACCGUCUCCAACAGCAGCGCCAAAUCGGCCGUCAGUCAACCUGCGGAUGAGGAGAACAGCUCGCCGGUGAAGCGUAGACGAGUUACUGCUGAGAUGGAGGGGAAGUAUAUCAUUAACAUGCCAAAGGGCACCACGGCCCGAACCCGACGCAUUCUGGCUCAGCAGGCCAAAAAAGCCAAGAGUCUGAAGCGCACUUCAGUGUUUGAGAGGCUGGGCUCAGAGUCUAAGGGAGAUGCUGCAUCAGCCAACAAGCAAAUAACCGGAGUGUUCAGUCGGCUCGGUAAAGUGGACGAGGACGACGGCAGCGAGAUGAAGACAGGAGACGGAUCUGCUGCUGACGUGGAAGACGACAGCGACGGCGAAGGUUCGGUUCUACAGUACGCUGGAGUCCUAAAGCGACUGCCCCCGUCCUCUAAAAAAGAACCUGCCGCUCCAAAAUCAGAACCCGCCACCCUCUACCGCCUGAGCAGCAAAUACAAAAACACCCCAACACCAGAGAGCACUCCCCCCGCACCCUCCUCCACCUCCUCCGGCCAGGAGGGGGCGCCCAAACUCAGCAUCAUGCAGAGGCUGGGUAAGGCCCCGGCAGCCGGCACCGGCCCCGGCACCGCCGCCACCGCUGCCACCAUCAGCUGUGUGGCAGGAGGCCAGGCAGCAGACACGCAGGAUAGCCACGUCACCAGCAGCAAGAGCAAAGCCCAGGCCAGCUUCGCUCUGGCCAGCCCCAAGGUCAGCAGCAGCACGGGGACGGGCAGGGACUGCCAGGGGGCGCAGAUGGACGCUGCCACAGUCAGUGUUUUUAAGAGACUGGGAGCCAAGAGGACCUAAUAAUGCACGAGGAGAAACCUCCUCACACACUCCUCCUCCUCCUCUCCUCUACCAAUUUCCUAUCCUACAGAGCUUAAAAACAGCCGUAAGUAUUUAAAUCUGCAUUCGAAAAUAUAUUUAAAUCAAAUUUACUUGACUUUUUAUAUAAUUUAAAAUAUUAAAUGGUGUAAUUCAUACGUUUGAACUUGAGGUGAAGACAUUUGCUGUUAAAAAAGAAAAAAGAACACCAAAAAUCAAAGUAACUUCACAUCUAUGCAUUUUGAUUGUUAAAAAAAAAAAAUCAGAUUCGUACAUUUUUCAGUUUUAAAAAAAUCGGAUCUGUACUUUUUUUUUUCAGAUUUUAAAUAUUUAGACCAUACAUUUUUUUUAUAUAUAUUCCAAAAAUUCAGAUCCAUGCCUUUUCAGACUUUGAAAAGAUGAAACAAAAGAUUUGUAAAUUUUUAAGAUUUAAAAGAAAAAAUAAAGGCAUACAUUUUUUCGAUAAAAAAAAAUGUGAUUAAAAAACUACGGAUACAUGCAUUUUCAGAUAAAAAAAAUAAAAUGUUUAUAUUUUCUGAUGAAAAAAUUAGAUUUGUACAUUUUUCAGAUUCCAAAAAUUCCAAAAACAUUUUUUUUAUUCAGAUACAUAAACAGAUUUCUUUUUUUUUCAGAAAUCAAGAUCCAUAAAUUAAUGAAUGAAUCACAUUUUUCUGAUUUUAAAGAUGAUGAUCAAUACAUACAAUUUAGAUGCAUCAAUUUAAAACCAUCUCCUGGAUGUUUCACCUUUGACCUAAAUAUGUCCUCCUGAGGUUUAAAUCAAAUAAUUGUUGUAAACCUGUUUUUUUGUUUUUUUUUUUAAAUCUAUUUUUUAAAAUUUAUUUUUACAGCAAUUUUCACAGCCUCCAAGUUCAAAACACCACAAAUAUUAAAAAAAAUCAAAUGUAUGAAUUACCUCUUUAAACAUUUCAAUUAGUUUAAAAAGUCAUGUAAAUUUAAUAUAAAUAUUCAGAAUAAAUGCAGAUUCAGAACUUUGUCUGCUUUUAAGCUCCACACUUUCCCGACAGGAUCCUGCAUUCAGGGCUUAGCAUAGGAAGAAUCACACUGUUCCUCGGCACAGGAGGAGCAUUCAGUCUGUAUAUGGAUUCAGUGUUGGGGUUUCUCGCAGUGUUAUGCCAUAUCGGGGUGGGUGAGGGGUUGCGGGAUGUUCCUGAAGACAGUAUACAGACUUUACCUCUCUUCUUUGUGAUUAUAGGAAUGAAAUAUGCACCCUUUACUCUCUCCGGACCCUCAGAUUUGGAUGUUUUAGGGCUGCGUAAUAGGAGAAAAGAACUGUUGCUAUAUAUUAGGCCUGUCAUAAUAACAAUAUAUUGUUCCAGAAAUUACUGCGAAUAACAAUGAUGUCACUGAUAUAACAAAAAAAUACUAUAAUGUAAUAAUUCCGUAAUUUUAAGAACUCUAAAGAGCCAAGAAGUUGUAGUUAAAAUGCAUAUACAGAAGUUAGAAUUUGAAUAUUUAUAGGUAAAAAUUGGUCAUAUCAGUAGUUUAGAAAAAAGGCCAUAUAUUGCCAAUAAUAUAGUUACUGUGACAGGCUUAUAUAAUAAACAUAUACAUAUAUAUUGGUAAAAGGGACACUGCUAUAUAGUGGGCGGAGAUUUAACACAAUACUAAAUUAGCCACUUCCGGCCCCAAUCUUUACAUGUAAACUAAUACAGUAUUGCAAAAUUGCUAAAACAAAAUAUCCUGAUUAAAAUUCAGAUUUUUAUUAUUUUUGUUUUAGUUAACAGUCGAAUCACCAGUGUAAUCUGUAGUCUGAUUUUCUGCUUAUAUUGUUUAUAGAACUGGUACCUUAUGCCACCUUAUAAUAAUUGGUCUAAAAAGUCAUGAAUUUGGACUACAAACGAUUAUGACUAUGACUAAAUGUUAAUAUUUUCUUCCUUUGAUCUGGAAUGUGCUUUGUCACACCUUACUAUAUAUUAGUGCAACUCAAAAAAAAUUAGAAUAUCAUUGAAAAGUUAUUUUAUUUCAGUAAUUCAGUUGAAAAUGUGAAACUUUAACAUUCUACUGAUGUAUUACACACAGAGUGAUCUAUUUUAAGCGUUUAUUUCUUCUAUUGGUGAUCAUUAUGUAUUACAGCUAGUGAAAAAUUAGAAUAUUAUACAAUACCAAUUGGUACUUUUGGCAGUGUGGGCAGUGUGGCAAGUCCUGCUGGAAAAUGAAAGCCGCAUCUCCAUAAAAGUUGUCAGCAGGGGAAGCAUAAAGUGCUGUAAGAAUUUUUUGGAAAACACUGCACUGCUGACAACUUUUAUGGAGAUGCGAAUUUUAUUUUCCAGCAGGACUUGGCACACUGCCCACACUGCCAAAAGUUCCAAUUGGUCUUGUGUAAUAUUCAAAUUUUUUAUUUGAAUAUUCAAAAAGUUUCACAUUUUCAACUGAAUUACUGGAAUUAAGUAACUUUUUUCGAUGAUAUUCUAAUUUUUUGAGAUGCUAUUUUGACUGUGAAAGCCCCUUAAUAUAAUGGUACUCUAAAACCACCCACAGAAAGUGCUUCUGGAAUCUGGGACAUUUGGUUAGGAUGCUCAUAAAUUUAAGUGCUUAGUUUUAUUUAUAUAUAUAUAUAUAUAUAUAUAUAUAUAUAUAUAUAUAUAUAUAUAUAUAUAUAUAUAUAUAUAUAUAUACAGUUACGCAGCCCUAUAUACAUACAUUCCCAUAUAUAUUCCCUUCAUACCUCUCUAAUCACACCCUGCCUUUGAGAAACUGAUCUCCACUCUUUUAAACAAGACCUUUGUGUUUUUCUACUACUGCAGUUUUUUUGUACAGCAUGCCACCAGUCAUGGAAUAUCGAAUAUCCUAGAAGUGGAUAUUUGAUAGAAGAGUUCCCCCUUUUGUGAUCAAGUGUGCGUAAGCAACACACUUCCGACUGCAGAUUCCUCACUCGCAGCACUGUCUAAAGGGAAGGAUCAUUUCCAUCUAUCUCAUGUAAGGUUGUAAGUGUCCACCAGCCUCCGUACCUCCCUGUUGUCAUCUCGCGUGACGUUUUUAACCAGUAAAACACUUGAAACUUGAUGGUUUGAUGAGCCGUACAACCCUACAAGUUCCUCUCAAGGCACCUACUGACCUCAACUGUUACGAAGCUGUUAGUGUGCAUGUUUUAAAGCCCCUCAACCCCCGAAAUCCCAGUUCCUCCCCACACGUUCGUCACUUCGUCCUCUUGUAAAGAUACCAGCUGCUGAAACGGUGCCAUGGUAGGUGUUGCCAAGGUGAAACCUCCCCCUGCUGGGAGGAGGUUACACAGCGCAGCCUGGCAACCCGACGCAUGACGCGAUGGACCCUUGAGUGUUGUUGUUUUUCCUCCACUUUUGUGGCCAAAAAUAAAAAGUGGCUUGUGCAUUGGACCCACAGCAACACGGCUGACCACCACACUAUUAUUCCCCCACAGCUAGACGAGACUCGCCUGGCCCUAACCCCUGUUUUUAUAUCGUUUUAAUUUGUAAUUUGUCUUUUAAGUAGAACUUUGUUACUCUGUACAGAAUUGAUGACAACGAUGACGACGAUGAAGAUGAUAAUGGUGAUUAUGAUGAUUAUGAUGAUGGGUCAUGGUGAAAAGGGAAGACCGUUGUUGGUUUUAUAAACCUGGUUGACUUGA